AUGAAGGCUGUUUUCGUUGUCGGCGCUCUCGCCGCCUCAGUUGCUGCUCACACCUAUCCCAACUGCGAGCAUGACAACUGCUACCGUGCUCUGAUCAAGGACGGUCUCCAGGACAAGGCCAAGGCCUUCUGCUUCGAGUGGCUUGCUGGUACUACUACUGCUGCCGCUGCUAUUCCCACCGACUUCAGCAACUGCGACGUCCGCGCUGCCAGCUCUGCCUGCUCCUGCAUCACUUACACGGCUACUCAUACGACUGGUCCUACCACGACUUCUACUCCUCCUCCUCCUACUACCACCACAACCAGCGAGAAGCCUCCCACCACCACUCCUACCACCAGCGAGAAGCCUCCCACUACUACCACCAGCAAGACUGAGAAGCCUCCCACUACGACUACUACCCAGGCUCCUCCCACGACCACCAAGACGAGCGAGAAGCCUCCUACCACCACUCAGAAGACCACCAAGUGGACCACUUCUACCAUCUGCGUCACCAAGACUCACACCAUCACCUCUUGCCCUCCCGAGGUGACCAAGUGCCCUGGAGGCGGCCACACCACCGUCAUCACAGAGACCAUCCCCGUCUCCACCACUGUUUGCCCCGUUACCGAGACUCAGGCUCCUCCUCCUCCUCCUGGAAACCACACUUCCACUUGCUACACUACUCAGACUUACACCAUUUCUUCUUGCCCUCCCACUGUGCCCAACUGCCCCAUUGGCAGCGUCACCACCACCGUCUACCCUACCGGUACCACCACUAUUCCCGGCUGGACUUCCGUGGUUCCUACUGAGCCCACUGUUGUUCCUCCUCCUCAGACUACCAGCCCUCCUGUCGUCACUGCUGCCGCUGGUCAGCUCGCUGGAAGCCUUGAGUUUAUUGUUGCUGCCGCUGGUGUUGCCGCUUUCUUCCUGUAA